GAGUUAAACUCCAUCUCAAAAAAUUUUUUAAAAAUUAAUUUUUUAAAAAAGUGGAAUGCCGCAUGCUGGCUUUCGGAAGGCUCUUCCCACCCAAGUCAUGAGGAAGGGAGAAGAGGAUUGCUGAGGAGACACGAGGAAGCUUGUGCUGGAGAGAGAUGAUCUCCACCGCCGUGGCCUACCCGCAUCAACCCUUCACAAUGCUGGUGCUAGCUCUGGUGGCCACAACCAACAGGCACUAAUAUAAGGGAGAGGCGGCCGAGUGGCGUGCCCUGUGGACCAAUCAGAGAGUAGGGGGCCAUCACGCCACCUGAGGCCAGCCAAUGAAAACGCGGCAAGCUCUAUAAAAGCGGGCAAUCAGCUGAGGUCUGGUCACAGGACACAGCAGAGACAACAGUUUCAAAUUCAUGGCCCGAACCAAGCAGACUGCGCGCAAGUCGACCGGUGGCAAGGUGCCACGCAAGCAGCUGGCCGCUAAGGUGGCUCGCAAGAGCGCACCCGCCACUGGCGGUGUGAAGAAGCCGCACCGCUACCGGCCUGGCACGGUGGCGCUUCGCGAGAUCCGCCGCUACCAGAAGUCCACUGAGCUGCUAAUCCGCAAGCUGCCCUUCCAGCGGCUGGUGCGCGAGAUCGCUCAGGACUUUAAGACCGACCUGCGCUUCCAGAGCUCAGCCGUGAUGGCGCUGCAGGAGGCGUGCGAGUCUUACCUGGUUGGGCUGUUCGAGGACACCAACCUGUGUGCCAUCCAUGCCAAACGGGUCACCAUCAUGCCCAAGGACAUCCAGCUGGCACGCCGUAUCCGUGGGGAGCAGGCCUAGGAGGGCCAUCUCGCCACCUGAGAGGUUGCGCAACGUUCACCCCAAAGGCUCUUUUAAGAGCCACCCACCUGGUCGGAAGAGUUGCUGUAGCAAGCCAGGCUCUUGGGUUUUGGGGGUUCCUUCCGCUGGCCGGUGCUGGCUUACCUAAUUCUGAUUAGGGUGGGAGGCUGGCGAAUCCUGUGUUCACCCUGUCCAGUUAGGAGGCCAGCUACUCAUGCGCGUUACCUCCCAGCCUGUCUCCAGUUACAAGUCCAGCUAGUCGUGUGUCGUGCUAAUUUGGUCUAUCCCUUUAGAUAAGAAUCAUGGUUGGUCUGUUUGGGGACCGGGUGUUGAGGGUAGCGGAACUGGCCUAUCUCCAUUUAGGUAAGCAACCCCAGCUAGUUGUGUCAACUCAGCCUAUCUACAGUUAGGUUGGAAGGCUGGCUGGUCUUGUGUGUUCUCAGCUCAGCCUCUUUCAAAUUGUUACAAGUCCUGCGUGUGUGUGUGUGUGUGUGUGUGUGUGUGUGUGUGUGUACACACAGCUUAUUUCCAGUGAGGUUACCAGUCCAGCUAGUCUUCUACCUAGACAGCCUGUUAAGGCCAGCAAGUAGUAUGUGUUAUCUUGGCCUAUUUUCAGUUAGAAGUCCAGCUACUUCACCAGCGUGGCAGCUCAGGUCUGUAAUCCCAGCACUUUGGGAGGCCAAGGCGGGUGGAUCACCUGAGGUCAGGAGUUCCAGACC